AUGAUAAACGGAGCAUUUGGGUUGGGUGUGAAGAUUCCAAGAGAACCCAAAUCGGCAACAAAAUACAGACCACCGUCAGCGUCAUCAUCGUCUUGGAAUCGUGGGUCCGCUGGGUUUGCUGUACAUACCCCAUCUCUUGAAAAAGGACUGCAUUUGGGUCUUCGUAUGCUAAGAAUGGAAUUAAGGGCUUUUCUGGCUUUCGUUCUUGCUAAAGGAUUGACGGAAUUUUUUGUGUGCUGA